AUGGCGGGUCCAGAGUCUCCAACUGAUCAUCGGCUGGAGUAUCUGGGCCUCUGUGUCCAGAAAUCAUUGAAAUUGAAGCCCGAGAAAUGGGGGAGACUACUGCUUACGGAGGAGUACAGGAAUGCUGUUCUGGAUUUUUUGGAUAAUUGUUAUCCAGCUGCGAUAUUCGUUGUGCUCACACCGAAUGCUCAGCUUGUGGCCUCCUGCAGUUUUCCCAUUCCCUGUCAGAGAACGAAAGGAACAUAUGCAGUGAAAACGCGAAUGACACCAGUCCCGAAGGACGUGGACAGUUGCGCGGCGAUGCUGAUAGUGGGUGAUUUUUCAAAUAGGGUUGUCGACGAACUCGCGACCUUAGUUGAUAACAUCUACGCGCCGCUACUGAGCAAGCAUGAGAAUCACAAAGACUUACCAGAAGUUGCUGUGCAAGACAUCUGCAGGCACGUUCACUCCAUCAGAGGAACACUGUAUCAGGUCAAAGGUCAGGUGAAUGGUAAGACGGUUCUUCCAAUGCCGGCGGGGUUGGAGAAAGUAACGGAGGUGGAGCGGCUGGUGACAGAGGAGGGGCCGCAGGCCGCGGAUUUGUACCUGAAGAGCGCUAUCGAAGGGGUCGUCAUCAAGUGGGCUUACUUGGUCAAUGACGUUGUCACCCAGGACUCGAGUGUUGCGUUUGAGAAUGGACAGAACCCCACGCCGACGUCUGAACUGGAGUUCUGGUCGAAGCGUUUGACAAACCUAAGGUACAUCUUCGACCAACUCCGGGAGGAUCGUGUGAGAAAAAUGGCAAUAAUCCUCGAGAAAACAGACAGCGCCUACUAUCCCUGUUUUCGCACACUAUUCAGUAACGUCGUCUCAUCGCUCGCUGAAGCCAAAGAGAUAUCACUGUACUUGACGCCACUGAGGAGAUGCUUCAAAGCCAUUGAGGAAAUUGACUUUUCCGAGGUUAAGCCAGUGAUGGCCACUGUUAUCCACUCAGUCGGCUUGGCCUGGGCAAAGUCACGUUAUUACCAAAAUUCAACAAAGUUGAUUAUCAUGUUUAGACAGAUAUCCAACCUGUUGAUACAACAGGCGAGACGUUUUCUCGAUCCUUCGUCCAUUUUCCAGAGUGACGUUGAUGAAGCACUGCAGCGAGUACAGAUAUCAAAGGGCAUUCUGGAGGAGUUCAAAUAUCAAUUUGAAAGGGCCAAACAUCAGCCCGGCUUGAAGGAAGACAGUCCCCCCUGGACAUUCAACUCCUCCGCCGUAUUCACACGUCUCGACGCCUUUCUGAAGAGACUAUCUGACAUCGAGUGGCUCUUCAACACCGUAAUCGAAUUUUCAAAACUCGAAAAAAUUGAAAUUGGCGGCGUACUGGGUCGCUCUCUCAGCGCUAGGAUUGUUGGCGUUUUCAAGGAGUUCCAGGCGCUCUUUGCAUCGUUCUCAGCGAGAGCCAGUGACGUCCUCGAACCCGACGACGAGUCCUUCGCUGUUGACUGUGCCAAGUUUGGUGAAUCAAUCACCGAUCUCGACAGCAAACUCGCUGCUAUUCUCUGCCAGGCUUUCGACGACUGUAGCAAUUUGGAGAGUGCUUUCAAGCUGAUCAAUAUCGGCGGUACUGUCUUGGAUCGACCGAUGAUUCGUAAGCAGUUCAUGGACCGUUACUCCCGGAUAUACCAACUGCUGAAUAACGAAUUGACAAUGGUGGAGGUGCUGUUCAAUCGUGGUACGCGCGGUGCUAUGGGUGACCUUCCUCCCCUCGCUGCCGCCCUACGAUUUACGAGUAUGCUCAGACAGAGAAUCCAUCUUCCAGUGCAGUGUUUCAAGACACUACAGAAAUCAAUAGUUGAGAGCAAGGAAGGGGAGACUGUGAUCGCUCGUUACGAGAGAUUCCUCGAGAUGUUGAACGAAAAGGAAAAGAUGCUCUUCCUGGAAUGGGCCGAAGCAGUCCCCCAAAUAAUCGAAUUCGGUCUGCAAAGGACUUUGUUAACCCGCGACAGAGGCUCCAUUCUCCUAAUGGUGAACUUUGACCACGAAUUAUUAGCCGUAUUGAAAGAAGUGAGCUACCUGCAGCAAGUGGCGCACGCAGAUAUCCCGGAAAUUGCCUCUGAGGUGUCAGAGCAAGCAGAAACGUUCCGGAAAUUUCGCACCCUCCUGGGAGCCACAGUGACAGCUUACAACGACAUCCGACGUACAUCGAGACAAGUGGAAUACAAUUUAAUCGAGUUGGAAGUAGCGAGAAUUGAUUCGCUGAUUACACGAGGGGAGAAAGAAUUGUGUUGGAAAUCAGAGGGACUUCCUGAUUACAUAAAUGAAUUAGGGGGUCUAGUUCAGGGUCUGUGGAAGAGAUUAAAAGCCAUUCAAGCAAAUGUGGAGAAAAUACGGGGGAUAUUGGAGCCGUGGACGAAAACUCCUCUUAUUGAACGUAAAGAUCGUCGUAAAGAUGCUCUCCUCUCGUUGGAAGAUAGGGCUGAAAAUAUUGCCAAGCGAUAUGCAGAUAUUCAAAGAGCUGCCGAGCAGAUUCAUGGACUUUUAAAGGAGAAUGAAGUGUUAUUCGAAAUCACCGGAGAUGGGGGAGAACCGUGGAGGGAGUAUGUAACGUACGUAGAUGAUAUCGUGACCGAAUCCCUUCGUAAAUCAGUUGGAUGUUGCCUCAGUUAUUUAUCCGAGAAUAUGGAUCCGGCGACGCACAAUGAGCCCGUUCUAGAAGCUAAACUCGAACUCAGAGAACCCGAUUUAUAUUUUGAGCCAACUUUGGAUCCGGAUGAUCCGGAAGGACUGGAGCAGUUGAUUGCGGGAUUGUUGGAGGAUAUUAUUCGUAUGGCUGCACUGGUCGAGAGACUGAAACCCGAUGCCGAGGGGUAUGCUGUUGAAUUGGAGCAGGAUGAUGAUAUCAAAGCUAUGAAGAAUGAGAUUUUGGCGGGGGUAACUAGGGCCAUUGAUGAAGCUACUGAAUUCUGCGGAAUUUUCGAAGGUUAUGCGUAUCUGUGGCUCGAGGAUAGAGAAAUCGUGAUGCAGCAGUUUUUAGAGUACAGCCGUCAGCUGACAAUAGAUGAAAUGGAGAUGAUAGCGUUGUUGGAUCCCAAGGCACCUCCGAAGUGCAUUCCCCGCAUGGAGCAAUUUCGCGAGCAAAUCGACCUUUACGAGGGUCUCUAUCUUGAAAUUGAGGAGAUGACGCCGUUUCGAGUCUUUUGCGGCUGGUUUCGCGUCAACCUUCGACCCUUCAAGCAGUCACUCCUUAAUACCGUUUGCAAAUGGUCCAGUAUGUUCAAGAAACACCUAGUGGAGCGCGUUACAAGCAGUCUAUCCGAUUUGGGAAAUUUCAUUCGACUUGCGGACGAGGGUCUGCUGCAGCAGAUAUUACCCGGCGAUUACACGGGUCUCGUCAGUGUCAUGGGUUUCUUAAUGCAAGUGAAGGAGCGCCAGCCAACGACAGAUGAAAUGUUUCAACCACUGCAAGAAACUAUUGAACUGCUGAAGUUCUAUGAUCAAGAUAUACCGGAAGAGGUGAAUGUGUUUCUCCAGGAAUUACCAGAACAGUGGGCCAAUACCAAGAAAUUGGCGGUGAUGGUUAAGCAACAAGUUGCACCUUUACAAGCAGGUGAAGUAUCAAGAAUUCGCGCUAGGAUAUCAGCAUUCGACACAACAAUCGGCCUCUACCGUGAAGCGUUUCGUCGCUACAGCUGCUUCAAAUUCGAGUGCAAGAACGUUUACAGCCUACUGGACGAGGCAGACAAGGAGAUAUGUAUGCUCGAGCGCCAAAUGAGUGACAUUCAGGAGUCAGCCUCGCUAUUUGAGGUGACAGUGCCGGAAUUCAAACAACUGAAACAAUGCAGACGUGAGCUGAGGAUGUUGAAACAACUGUGGGACUACGUGUCCAUUGUACGAAGCAGCAUAGAGGGCUGGAAAACAACGCCAUGGAGGAAGAUUGACGUUGAGAAUAUGGAUAUCGAGUGUAAAAAAUUUGCCAAGGAGAUACGAGCACUUGACAAGGAAAUGCGACCUUGGGACGUUUACGUAUCACUGGAGGCGACUAUUAAAAACAUGCUGACAUCACUGCGCGCUGUGGGUGAGCUACAGAAUCCAGCGAUAAGGGAGAGACAUUGGCGACAGCUGAUGAAUAGUACAAAGGUUCGUUUUGUGAUGGAUGAUACAACUACACUGGCCGAUUUACUCGAACUUAAUUUGCACGAGUGCGAGGACGAAGUGAAGAACAUUGUGGAUAAAGCUGUUAAAGAAAUGUCUAUGGAGAAGUAUCUUAGGGAAUUAAAUUCUACCUGGUCGGCAAUGGAAUUUGAACUUGAGCUGCAUCAACGCACUGGUGCCACUCUAUUAAGAGCGAGCGAGGAAUUAAUUGAAACAUUAGAGGAAAAUCAGGUUCAACUGCAAAAUUUAAUCACCUCUAAGUUCAUCGCUCACUUUUUGGGAGAGGUAUCGGCGUGGCAGAAGAAACUGAGUAUUGCUGAUCAGGUUACAACAGUAUGGUUUGAAGUACAGAGAACGUGGUUACACCUUGAGAGUAUCUUCAUGUCAUCGGAGGACAUUCGAAAGCAGUUGCCAGUAGACGCCGAUCGUUUCGACAAAAUCGACGAGAAAUUCAAACAAAUGACCCAGGAAAUGGCAAAAACACCGAAUGUCGUAGAGGCCACCAAUAGGGAUGGCUUAGCUGCAUCACUAGAUACAUUGCAAAAGGAAUUAGUCCUUUGUGAAAAGGCACUAGCUGAAUAUCUGGAAACCAAGCGUUUAGCUUUCCCACGUUUUUACUUUGUAUCUUCUAGCGAUUUAUUAGAUAUUCUGUCCAACGGAAAUCAGCCGGAAAUUGUCGCUCGUCAUCUCACCAAACUUUUCGAUUCAAUGGCAAGACUGAAAUUCAUCGAAACUGGGAACAAAAGAACCGGAGGAAUGCACGCCAAGGACGGUGAAUACGUGUUAUUUGCCAACUACGAGAUGGUGUGCGAGGGGCCAGUAGAAAUGUGGCUAAAUCGUCUGCAGGAAGCCAUGCGAGUUACAAUUCGUUUCUACAUGAGUGAGGCUGUGGUCAUAUACGAGGAGAAGCCCAGGGAACAGUGGCUCUUCGAUUAUCCAGCUCAAGUGUCUCUCUGUGGAACCCAAAUUUGGUGGACCACGGAAGUCAACAUGGCUUUUGCUAGACUUGAGGAGGGCUACGAUAAUUCCUUAAAAGAUUACCUGAAAAAGCAGAUUAAUCAGCUGAGCACCUUGAUAUCAUUGCUGCUCGGCGAGCUGACGAAACAAGACAGACAAAAAAUAAUGACCAUAUGUACCAUAGACGUACACUCGAGAGAUGUAGUUGGAAAAUUUGUUCAGGCAAAGGUUGAGAGUGCGCAGGCAUUCCAAUGGCAGAGCCAACUGCGAACCCGAUGGGAUGAAAAAGAGAAAGAUUGCUUUGCUAAUAUUUGCGAUGCUCAGUUCCGAUAUUCUCAUGAGUAUCUGGGGAAUACCCCGAGACUCGUGAUUACACCUCUAACGGACAGAUGUUACAUUACUCUGACCCAGUCCCUUCACUUGGUGAUGGGAGGAGGGCCAGCGGGUCCCGCAGGUACUGGCAAAACUGAAACAACUAAAGAUCUUGGAAGAGCUUUGGGAAUAAUGGUCUAUGUAUUCAACUGCUCCGAGCAAAUGGACUACAAAUCCUGCGGCAAUAUCUAUAAAGGUCUCGCUCAGACGGGGGCGUGGGGGUGUUUCGAUGAGUUCAACAGAAUUUCCGUCGAGGUAUUGUCGGUGGUGGCUGUUCAGGUUAAAUCGGUUCAAGAUGCAAUUAGAGACAAGAAGCAGAAAUUCAACUUUAUGGGGGAAAUAAUCGCCCUCACUCCCAGCGUUGGUAUAUUCAUCACUAUGAAUCCUGGCUAUGCAGGACGUACGGAACUACCCGAGAAUUUAAAAGCGCUCUUCAGACCCUGUGCUAUGGUCGUACCUGACUUUGAAUUGAUCUGUGAAAUCAUGUUGGUGGCCGAGGGCUUCCAAGACGCCAAAGUGUUAGCCCGUAAAUUCAUCACUCUCUACACACUCUGCAAGGAGUUAUUGUCGAAGCAGGAUCACUACGACUGGGGUCUCAGGGCGAUAAAAUCAGUGCUCGUGGUUGCGGGCAGUUUAAAACGAGGUGAGCCCGGUAGACCGGAGGAGGAAGUGCUGAUGAGAGCACUUCGAGACUUCAACAUCCCAAAAGUUGUGUCCGAUGACCUUCCAGUAUUCAUGGGACUCAUUGCCGAUCUAUUCCCCGCCUUGGAUGUCCCCCGAAAACGCGACGUGGAGUUUGAGAAAACCGUGAAACAAGCGGCUGCUGAUCUACUUCUACAACCUGAAGACGGCUUCAUUCUCAAAGUCGUGCAGUUGGAAGAACUGCUGGAAGUCAGACACUCAGUGUUCAUAGUAGGAAUUGCGGGUUCUGGAAAGACUCAAGUGUGGCGAACACUCUUCCGAACUUACCAGAACAUCAAGCGCAAGCCUAUUUACACUGAUUUAAAUCCAAAAGCCGUGACCAAUGACGACCUCUUUGGCAUAAUUAAUCCCGCGACGAGAGAGUGGAAAGACGGAUUGUUCUCGGUGAUCAUGAGGGACCAAGCGAACCUGGGUGGGGACAACCCAAAGUGGAUAAUUCUCGAUGGUGACAUUGAUCCGAUGUGGAUCGAGUCCCUGAACACAGUGAUGGACGACAACAAAAUCCUCACUCUGGCCAGCAACGAGAGGAUUGCCCUGACACCUGCAAUGAGACUCCUCUUCGAAAUAUCGAAUUUGCGGACUGCAACACCCGCAACGGUGUCACGAGCCGGGAUUCUCUACAUCAAUCCCCAGGACCUAGGGUGGAAUCCUUACGUCACGAGUUGGAUUGAAACGAGAACAAUUCCCGCGGAGAAGUCGAACCUCGUGAUGCUUUUCGACAAGUAUAUUCCGAUUUGCCUGGACACAAUGCGCACGCGAUUCAAAAAAAUCACCCCCAUCGCCGAAAUGGCGCACAUAGAGAUGCUGUGUCACUUGUUGAGCUGUCUGCUGAAGCCGGAAUUAACGACAAACAACGACUUCAACAAAGACCACUACGAACUCUACUUCGUCUUUGCUGCCGUGUGGGCAUUUGGCUCGGCCAUGUUCCAGGAUCAAACGGUGGAUUACAGGGUGGAGUUCACAAAGUGGUGGGUCAAUGAGUUCAAGCAGAUCAAAUUCCCGACGCAGGGAACUGUUUUCGAUUAUUACAUCGAUCCAGAAACCAAGGACUUCACCCCCUGGUCGGAGCGCGUUCCUCAGUUCUUCUUAGACCCUGACAUGCCUCUGCAAGCUGCCCUGGUUUACACGUCUGAGUCAAUCAGGAUCAAGUAUUUUCUUGAUCUUUUGAUGGAGGAGAAACACCCUGUGAUGUUGGUCGGUGGUGCUGGAUGUGGGAAGACAGUUCUGGUUUCCGAGAAGCUUCUCCAGUUGUCUGAGAACUACGCGGUGGCGAAUGUUCCUUUCAAUUUUUAUACUUCUUCGGAGAUGCUCCAGAAAAUUCUGGAGAAGCCGUUGGAGAAAAAGGCAGGAAGGAACUAUGGACCUCCAGGAAACAAAACAUUAAUUUAUUUCAUUGACGAUCUCAAUAUGCCUGAGGUUGAUGCCUAUGGCACUGUUCAACCUCACACACUAAUCAGACAACAUCUUGAUUAUGGCCACUGGUACGACAGGACCAAAUUGACGCUGAAAGACAUUCAUAACUGUCAGUAUGUGAGCUGCAUGAAUCCAACUGCUGGGUCAUUUACAAUAAACCCUAGGCUGCAAAGGCAUUUCGCUGUCUUUGCUGUCAGCUUUCCGAAUCAUGAGUGUCUGAUGACCAUCUACUCGUCAAUUUUCUCCCAGCAUUUGGCGAAUUUGGAACACAGAUUCCCCCUCUCCGUCACGGAAAUGUGUAAUCCGAUAGUCCAGGCCACUCUCCAACUUCACAAUCGUUGCACCCAGGUGUUCCUCCCUACGGCUACUAAAUUCCAUUACAUUUUCAAUUUACGUGAUCUAUCAAACUGCUUCCAAGGUUUACUCUUCAGUGGAAAUGAGUGUCUGCAGUGCCCAACGGACCUCAUUCGUUUGUGGAUGCACGAAACGUAUCGGGUUUAUGGGGAUAAACUCACCGAUGAAAAGGACAUCGAUAAUUUUGGAAAAAUGCAGAUUGACGUUUUGAAGAAGAAUACAGAGGAGAUUGAUGAAGGGGCUGUGCUCGAAAGACCAAAUAUCUAUUGUCAUUUCGCUGGCGGAGUGGGUGAGCCAAAGUACAUGCCAAUAAAAAACUGGGCAACUUUACAUCGCCUGUUGUCAGAAGCCCUCGUCAGCUACAACGACUUAGUGUCCGCAAUGAACCUAGUCCUCUUCGAAGACGCAAUGAUGCAUGUGUGCCGAAUUAAUCGGAUUUUGGAGUCCCCGAGGGGAAGUGCCUUGUUAGUCGGCGUCGGUGGCUCCGGAAAACAAAGCCUCUCUCGUUUGUCCGCAUUCAUAAGCUCCCUAGAAGUUUUCCAGAUUCAACUGAGAAAAGGUUACGGCGUUCUUGAUCUUAAAAUCGAGCUUGCAGGCCUCUAUCUCAAAUCGGGAAUGAAAAAUAUUGGGAUUAUGUUUCUCAUGACUGACGCGCAGGUACCGAACGAGCAGUUUCUCGUUCUAAUCAAUGAUAUGCUAGCGUCUGGCGAGGUGCCGGAUUUAUUCCCUGAGGAUGAGGUUGAGAAUAUAAUCGCUGGUGUGCGAAAUGAAGUCAAAGGGGCCGGCAUAUUGGAUACGCGCGAGAACUGUUGGAAAUUCUUUAUCGAUCGUGUGAGACGCCAGCUCAGGGUGGUUUUAUGUUUUUCCCCGGUGGGCUCCACCCUCCGUGUGCGAUCCCGAAAAUUCCCAGCGAUAAUAAAUUGCACAGCGAUCAAUUGGUUUCACGAGUGGCCCCAGGAAGCUCUGAUGUCAGUGUCAAAGCGUUUUCUGGAGGAGCUUGUGGAAUUACCCGAAGGAUUCAGAGAGUCAGCGGCAAAGUUCAUGGCACACGCUCACACAACCGUUAACGCAGCGAGCCGUGCCUAUUUGGCGGGAGAGAGACGUUACAAUUAUACAACACCAAAGUCAUUCCUGGAACAAAUUAGCUUGUACACUAAACUUCUUAAAGCUAAAACGAGCGAAUUAAGGGGUCGCAUAGAGCGGCUGGAAAAUGGUUUGUCAAAGUUAAAAUCAACAGCGGCCCAAGUUGAUCAGUUGAAGGAGAAACUGGCGGUACAGGAGAUUGAAUUGAAGGAGAAGAACGAGGCGGCCGAUGCGCUCAUUGAAAUUGUAGGAAUUGAAACGGCCAAAGUGCAGCGGGAAAAAGCCCUCGCUGACGAGGAGGAAUCGAAAGUGGCAGUUAUUGCUGAAGAGGUAUUAAAAAAACAGAGGGAUUGCGAAGCGGAUUUGCUGAAGGCCGAGCCAGCACUACUCGCUGCGCAAGAGGCUUUAAACACACUUAAUAAAGCAAAUCUGACGGAAUUAAAGUCAUUUGGUUCUCCUCCGGGUGCUGUGACCAACGUCACUGCCGCCGUAAUGGUCCUCCUAGCGCCGGAUGGCAAAGUGCCAAAGGACAGGAGCUGGAAAGCCGCCAAGAUUGUCAUGGCAAAGGUUGAUGCCUUUCUCGAUGCACUUAUCAAUUAUGACAAGGAGAACAUUCAUCCCGAAGUUAUCAAAGCAAUACAGCCCUAUCUCAAGGAUUCCGAGUUUGAACCGGAAUUUGUAAGAUCAAAAUCAGCAGCAGCUGCGGGUCUGUGCGCCUGGGUCAUCAACAUCAUCAAAUUCUACGAAGUAUUCUGCGAUGUUGAGCCCAAAAGAAAAGCCCUGGCGCAGGCGAACGCCGAAUUGGCAGCAGCACAAGACAAACUCAGUGUUAUCAAGCGGAAAGUUGCUUCAUUAGAGGAGCAAUUAGCCAAACUCACAGCGGACUUUGAGCAGGCAACUGCGGAGAAACUCAAGUGCCAGCAGGAAGCAGACGCUACUAACGCAAUUAUCGCCCUUGCCAAUCGAUUAGUCGGGGGUCUCGCUUCGGAGAACGUACGCUGGGCAGAUUCAGUAGCUAAUCUGAUGCAUCAAGGCUCAACUCUACCGGGCGAUGUACUCCUAAUUACCGCAUUCAUCUCCUACGUCGGUUGUUUUACUAAAACGUUUAGACAAGAUCUGUUGAACAAGCAGUGGUUACCGGCGGUUAAAACACUGGAUCCAGUCAUUCCCAUAACAGAUGGGCUUGAUGUUCUAACGCUAUUGACAAAUGACACGCAAAUUGCCAAGUGGAAUAACGAGGGCUUGCCGAAUGACAGAAUGUCCACGGAAAAUGCGACUAUUCUGUCCAACUCUGAUCGUUGGCCUCUGAUGAUUGAUCCCCAGCUCCAGGGGAUCAAGUGGAUCAAGCAAAAAUACGGCGAUGAGUUGAGGGUAAUUCGCUUAGGGCAACGUGGUUACCUGGAUGUUAUCGAGCAGUCUCUGGCAAUGGGCGCUACAGUGCUCAUUGAGAACAUCGGUGAAGCUGUUGACCCCGUAUUAGAUCCCCUCCUGGGUCGCAAUCUCAUUAAGAAAGGAAGGGCGAUAAAAAUUGGCGAUAAAGAAGUUGAAUAUAAUCCCACAUUUAGACUUCUUUUACACACCAAAUUGGCAAAUCCCCACUACAAGCCCGAGAUGCAGGCGCAAACGACGCUAAUUAAUUUUACGGUUACGAGGGACGGACUUGAAGAUCAGUUGUUGGCUGAAGUUGUUAAGGCCGAGAGGCCGGAUCUUGAGGAACUUAAGGCCGACCUCACGAGACAGCAGAAUGAGUUCAAGAUUACACUGAGUGGGCUGGAGGAUUCGUUGCUCUCUCGAUUAUCCUCCGCCGACGAGAAUGUCCUGGGCGACACAGCCCUGGUCGAGAAUUUAGAGACGACAAAGAGAACGGCAGCCGAGAUCGAGCGUAAAGUGAAUGAGGCUCGUGGUACGAGUAAAGAAAUUGAUGCAGCACGUGAGCUGUAUCGUCCAGCAGCAGCACGAGCCUCACUACUGUACUUCAUCCUCAACGAUCUGAACACCAUCAAUCCAAUAUACCAAUUCUCCCUGAAGGCAUUCAGUGUUGUAUUCCAGAAAGCAAUUCUCAAAGCCGAUCCUGCUCCAGACGUGACGAGCAGAGUGAUAAACCUCAUCGAGUGCAUCACGUACUCUGUUUUCAUGUACACAACGAGAGGAUUGUUCGAAUGCGACAAACUGAUAUUCACAUCGCAAAUGACAUUCCAAAUACUCUUGGUCAGAAGAGAAAUAUCUACGGCUGAAUUGGAUCUUCUGCUAAGAUUCCCAAUUAUGCCCCAUGUUACAUCACCGGUUGAUUUCUUAACCAACACGAGCUGGGGUGGAAUUAGGAGUCUUUCGUCCAGAGAUGAGUUUAGAAAUUUAGACCGAGAUAUUGAAAUUUCUGCCAAGCGAUGGAAGAAGUUUGUGGAAUGUGAAUGUCCCGAGCGCGAAAAGUUUCCGCAGGAGUGGAAGAAUAAGACAGCGCUCCAACGAUUAUGCAUGCUCAGAGCUUUGAGGCCAGACAGAAUGACGUAUGCCAUAUCUGUGUUCAUCGAGGAGAAACUUGGUGUGCGGUAUGUUGAAGGAAAGACAGUAGAAUUUUCAAAGUCCUACGAAGAGACCAGUCCAUCGACUCCGAUCUUCUUCAUUCUUUCGCCAGGUGUCAAUCCCCUCAAAGAUGUUGAAGACUUGGGCAGGCGUUUGGGUUUCUCGGCGGAUGCCCAGAAUUUCCACAACGUCUCUCUCGGUCAAGGUCAGGAGACCGUAGCCGAGCAAGCGAUGGACAUAGCCUCCAAAGCCGGUCACUGGGUGAUCCUCCAAAACAUUCAUCUUGUGAAAAAAUGGCUCCCGCUGUUGGAGAAGAAGCUGGAAGUGGCGGCCGAGGGAUCUGACGACAAUUAUCGUGUGUUCAUGAGUGCCGAGCCAGCGAGCACUCCAGCAGGGCACAUCAUCCCUCAAGGAGUCCUCGAGUCCUCCAUCAAGAUCACAAAUGAGCCCCCCACCGGGAUGCAGGCGAAUCUCCACAAAGCACUUGACAAUUUCACUCAGGAGACACUAGAGAUGUGCAGCAAAGAGGCCGAAUUCAAGGCAAUCCUCUUCUCCCUCUGCUAUUUCCACGCUGUCGUAGCGGAGAGACGAAAAUUCGGCCCUCAAGGAUGGAACAAAAUCUAUCCUUUCAAUGUUGGUGAUCUCAACAUAAGUGUCAGUGUCCUCUACAAUUAUUUGGAGGCAAGCGCGAGGGUUCCUUGGGAGGAUUUGCGGUACCUCUUUGGCGAAAUCAUGUACGGCGGUCACAUCACUGAUGACUGGGACAGAAGACUCUGUGUGUCAUACCUGGAGGAGCUCAUGCAGCCCGAACUUGUCGAUGGAGAGCUCCAACUGGCGCCUGGAUUUCCCGCUCCACCGAGUACCGACCUCAUUGGUUACCAUGCCUACAUCGACGAAGCCCUCCCACCGGAGUCACCCUAUCUCUACGGUUUACAUCCAAAUGCUGAAAUUGGAUUUCUUACGACAACAUCGGAAAAUUUAUUCAGAACUGUUUUCGAGAUGCAGCCACGUGACGCCGGUGAUUCUGGAGGGCAGACAACAACACGAGAGGACAAGGUGAAGCAAAUACUGGAUGAGAUAAUGGAAAAGCUGCCCGAGGAGUUUAAUAUGGUUGACAUAAUGGCCAAGGUUGAAGAACGUACACCCUACGUAAUCGUCGCUUUUCAGGAGUGCGAGAGGAUGAAUGGUCUGACUGGGGAGAUUAAGAGAUCGUUACGAGAGCUAGAUCUUGGGUUGAAGGGCGAAUUGACUAUUACCUCGGACAUGGAGGAUUUGGAGAAUGCGCUUUUUUUGGAUCAGGUCCCACCAGUUUGGGCACAAAGGGCUUAUCCGUCGUUGCUGGGGCUCACUGCUUGGUUUGUGGAUCUUUUGCUUCGAUUGAGAGAAUUGGAAACAUGGUCCACAGACUUUGCACUGCCGUCCUCAGUGUGGCUGGCAGGCUUCUUCAAUCCUCAAUCCCUGUUGACAGCAAUUAUGCAGUCAACAGCGAGAAGAUAUGAACUUCCUCUCGACAAGAUGUGUCUCCAGUGUGACGUAACUAAGAAAAACAAAGAAGAGUUUACUACAGCACCGAGGGAUGGAGCUUACGUUCACGGAAUAUUCAUGGAAGGCGCACGGUGGGACGUACAAGCCGGGUUAUUAAUGGAUUCAAGACCCAAGGAGCUAUUUCCAAUGUUGCCAGUGAUCAACGUACGUGCAAUAACCCAGGAUAAACAGGACUUGAGGAAUAUGUACGAGUGUCCAAUGUAUAAAACACGAACACGUGGGCCAACCUAUGUGUGGACCUUCAAUUUGAAGACAAAGGACAAACCGGCAAAGUGGACUCUAGCCGGUGUCGCUCUUCUGCUGCAGAUUUAAUUCAAUUAGGGCGAAAUUCUCGCAACUUUUUCCCCCUUCCGCCGCGAACCGACAGAAAUGUUGACGUUACGAAAUUGCUUCGUUAGGUAUGAAUUAAUUAUCCCUGAGUUUGAUGUACCUUAAUUAUGAAGAAACGUUGUUUCUGAAGUGAAAAAGAUGGAGAUUGGUCUUACGUAAAUUUCAACGGAGAGAACAAAGGCAUUUUUUAAAAGCCCGCUCGACCAAAAGGAGGAUUUUAACCUGAAUCAACUUUAGGGGAAUGCUGUGAGAGAGCGGAAAGUGUAUAAAGAUAUUACUCGUCAGUCGAUGGAAAUAAUGAAGGGUGUGGGAUAAACGACAUUUGGAAAUGGAAAAAGAAAUCGAAGGAUUUGGAUAAAUUAAUUAUGUCGGUUUGGUUGAUUAUUUGUAAUGACAUUUGCUGAUUAA